AUGGACAUAACAGUCCUGCCGAACAACAAUCAUCCAGAGAAAUUCCUUCAUUUGGACGUGGGAAUACUACCAGCUACACAUGGAAUGUUCCAGAUCAGUACUGCGCUGUCUCACCACAGGCAAUGGCACAACCAGAUGUAUUCACAGGUAAACACUCUUUCUUUACGAGAGAGGAGUCAUGAAGGUAAACCAUCAGCAGAUGGCAGUGGUGUGUUUACAGAUAGAGAUCUGGAAAAACACAUCACUCCACAAACUCUAAAGCCAAAGAUCAAGCAGAAUCCUCUGUAUGCUCACAUCAGCAUCAUUGACACAGAGGAGAAGAACAAGUCAAAACCAUCCUGGACCAUUCAGGACUAUGACAGACACACAGCACAUGGACAUCUGGCAGAUUAUAUGAAGGAAGACCCAAGAAAGUUGAGUUUCUGGCUGGAAGAUCUCUACACCCCCGGCUACGAUUCACUGCUCAAGAAGAAAGAAGCUGAACUGAGAAGAAGGAAGAUUUGUAAAAUAUUAGCGUUCAUCAUUCUGUCGGUUUGUGCUGUUGUCAUCAUUAUUACUGUGCCAAUUGUGUUAAGACGAUCUAAAAACUGA